AUGUUUUUUUUGCAGCAGAAUCAACUCAAGGAUCCGUUUCCUCUGGUUCUGAGGGAUCUGUCUCCUCUGGUUCUGAAGGACCUGUCUCCUCUGGUUCUGAAGGACCUGUCUCCUCUGGUUCUGAAGGACCUGUCUCCUCUGGUUCUGAAGGAUCUGUCUCCUCUGGUUCUGAAGGAUCUAUGUCCUCUGGUUCUGAAGGAUCUGUGUCCUCUGGUGGUUCUGAAGGAUCUGUCUCCUCUGGUUCUGAAGGAUCUGUCUCCUCUGGUUCUGAAGGAUCUGUCUCCUCUGGUUCUGAAGGACCUGUGUCCUCUAAUUCUGAAGGAUCUGUCUCCUCUAAUUCUGAAGGAUCUGUCUCCUCUGGUUCUGAAGGAUCUAUGUCCUCUGGUUCUGAAGGAUCUAUGUCCUCUGGUUCUGAAGGAUCUGUGUCCUCUGGUGGUUCUGAAGGAUCUGUCUCCUCUGGUUCUGAAGGAUCUGUCUCCUCUGGUUCUGAAGGAUCUGUCUCCUCUGGUUCUGAAGGACCUGUGUCCUCUAAUUCUGAAGGAUCUGUCUCCUCUAAUUCUGAAGGAUCUGUCUCCUCUGGUUCUGAAGGAUCUAUGUCCUCUGGUUCUGAAGGAUCUGUCUCCUCUGGUUCUGAAGGACCUGUCUCCUCUGGUUCUGAAUGACCUGUCUCCUCUGGUUCUGAAGGAUCUGUCUCCUCUGGUUCUGAAGGACCUGUCUCCUCUGGUUCUGAAGGACCUGUCUCCUCUGGUUCUGAAGGACCUGUCUCCUCUGGGUCUGAAGGAUCUGUCUCUUCAGGUCCAGAAAUGA